UGCUAAAGGUAGCUCGUUCGUGUACUAAACAGUGUGUAAGAAAAGUGUACGUCCUCCACCAGGUCAUAACAAGUGUAGGGAAACUGACCUUCACUGGUCUACUGUAACGUAACUUCGAUCUGAAUAUAUUUAUAUCUUUAUUUAUAAACAUUUAAAUUUUGUGCAUUUGUUUGUUAUUGCUGUCGGUUUCGUUUGUUUGCCCGGGACCAUAUCAGUUAAAAUGGACGGUACAGGGAAGGACAUGCAGGACUCAUUAGUGUGACAGAUUUUGGUGACAUCUGGGAGUGCCAAUAACCUGUUUGGGCGUGAGAGCAGAUAACGAAAGAAAAGACUAUGUGUAGCUGUCAGACACAGAUAAUGUUCAGUAACCGUCACAGUAGCCUGGCUCACAAUAGGCUUUUCUUCUCUGGAGGUAUCAGGAGCUGAAACCCUGCCUUGUAAAUGGGGAAGAAACUAUAGGGGGUAUGUGUGGAUGUGCUUGUGCUAAUGAUCUUUAUUGAAAGUGAAGUGGACCAAGACUCAGUUCAGCUUUCUUCCUCAAAAUGUAUGGAAUGAUAAUGUUGCAAAGGUCGAGAUUCGCUACCAGGACACUGUUACAGCAAUGGAAUGUCACCUGUAAAGGACAAGCAAGACUUUACCAGCUGUCUGGUCUGACUUUAAUGAGAUCACAGAGGCAGCUGCUGUGUAAACCUGUACUUGAAGCAUCCCUUUAUUCUCACGUCCGGCUUGGAGCGUCUUUAGGUCCGCAUUGUGUUUGGACACACUUCAGGGUCUCCACACCGUUUGCUUGUUACAGCACGUCAGCCGACUCUAAGCAAGCAGCAAAGCAUGUGGGAAGUGAAGUCAAGACAAAUGACGGACCGAGAAAGACAUCUUCAGAUGACUUUAAAAAGUUAUUGCAGCUUGUUUAUCCAGAACGCUUGAGGCUUUCAGCUGCUGUGAGCUUCCUGAUUGUCUCCAGUGCUGUCACCAUGUCUGCCCCGUUUUUCUUGGGCAAAGUGAUUGAUACCAUCUACACAAACACGGGUGCUGAUCUUACUGCCUCCCUAAGCUCCCUGUGCAUCAUGCUGGCAGGGGUUUUCCUGUGUGGUGGCGCUGCCAAUGCUGCACGUGUAUACCUUAUUCAAGUCUCAGGGGAGCAGAUUGUGAGAAACUUACGUGAAUCCCUUUUUUCCUCAAUUUUGAGGCAGGAGGUGGCAUUUUUUGAUAAGAACCGCACUGGUGAGCUCAUUAACCGUCUUUCUUCAGACACAGCUUUAGUUGGAAAUGUGCUCACUGACAACAUGUCUGAUGGUCUACGGGCAAUUGCUCAGGCUGGAGCUGGAGUCGGCAUGAUGUUCUAUGUGUCACCUAGUCUUGCCACCUUUGUCCUGAUGAUUGUACCUCCUUUGGCUGGACUGGCAGUUAUCUACGGAAGAUAUGUGCGCUCCAUAUCAAAACAAACACAGGAUGCUCUGGCACAGGCCACACAGCUCGCAGAAGAAAGGAUUGGUAACUUACGGACAGUGAGGGCAUUCGGGAAAGAGAUGACAGAAGUAGAGGCCUAUGCAGAGAGGGUGGAGUCCGUCCUUCGACUGGCUAAGAGGGAAGCAAGGCUCACGGCUGGUUUCUAUGGAGUGACUGGCCUGAGUGGCAACAUGAUUGUCCUGAGUGUGCUGUAUAAAGGUGGGCUGCUGAUGGGUAGUGAGCACAUGACAGUUGGAGAGCUUUCAUCCUUCCUUAUGUAUGCCUUCUGGGUUGGCAUCAGCAUUGCAGGCAUGAGCUCAUUCUAUUCAGAGCUGAUGAAGGGGUUUGGAGCUGGUUCACGUCUUUGGGAACUGAUGGAGCGGAAGCCUCAAUUUUCUCUCAAUGAGGGAGUUGUGUUGAGACCAGAACAUCUAAAGGGAGCCCUUGAGUUCCAUAAUGUGUCUUUCGCUUACCCGACAAGGAAGGAUGCCCCCAUUUUCCAGAACUUAAAUCUGUCUGUACCAGCUGGUACAGUGAUGGCAGUGGUUGGGUCAAGUGGCUCUGGAAAAUCUACUCUCGUGUCCCUUCUACUCCGUCUGUAUGACCCAGACUCAGGUAUGGUCGCUAUUGAUGGUCAUGACAUCCGUAGUUUGAAUGCUUCUUGGCUGAGGAGUUGUAUUGGAACUGUAAGCCAGGAACCAGUCCUCUUCUCAUGCUCCAUUGCUGAGAACAUUGCAUAUGGAGCAACAGAUCCUAAACAGCUUACAAAACAGGACAUCAUAGAAGCAGCACAGAUAGCUAAUGCUCAUCACUUUAUUAAUGGCUUUCCCAAAGGCUUUGACACUAUUGUUGGAGAGAAAGGAGUAUUACUUUCAGGUGGACAGAAACAAAGAAUUGCUAUAGCAAGGGCAUUGCUAAAGAACCCCAAAAUACUGUUAUUAGAUGAAGCCACAAGUGCUCUGGACGCAGAGAAUGAGUUUCUGGUGCAAGAGGCCCUGGAACGGUUGAUGCAGGACCGCACAGUGCUCAUCAUUGCUCACCGCUAUUCCACCAUCCAGAAUGCAGAUGCUGUGGCUGUGCUGGACCAGCAGCAUGUAGUGGAGUGUGGCAGUCAUGCACAGCUUCUCGCUAACCAAGAUGGCAUCUUUCGCAAACUCAUGGAGAAACAGACCUUUUUAGAUGCUGAGCAAACGCUGGCUUUUGCCAAAUAGAAUACAAUAAUCUAAUAUCUGAAGAAAGUACUAUGAAAGUGUAUGCAUACUCGCAUGCCUAAAACAGCUGUAGCUGUAUAUGAGUGCCUAUUUACAGUAAACUACCAGACAAAAGUUUGCUUAUGGAAAUUUUUUUUUUAAUUUUAGUAUAUUAAUGAAGACAUUAAUGAUGAAACAUCCAAUUAAUUUUUAAUAGUAUUCCUCAUUGACCACCAUAUGGCUGAGCAAACAGGCUGAGCAUUUGCUGACUGCAUCUCCUAGAUUUUAAAUAGGAAUUUGUUUGGAUGAAGCAAUUUGAAUUGAUAAUUUGCCAGUUUCCUCCAAUUAGGUCGUAGGCCUUAAAGACAAUGGAAAUAAAUUGUAUAGAGUCUAGUGUUUACAAACUUUUGACUGGUAAUAUAUAUGUUUAUUCAAAACCUGAUGCCAGCACUCAACUAUAAGAUACAAUUACUCCAUUUUAAGUUACAAAUAUGUAACAACCACAAAGGAUUAUUUAUUUAAGAUACUGCCACUUGCAUUACUUAUACAUUCAGUAUAACUGGAAACUUUUUUAAGAAUCAAAGAGCAUGAACAUGCGCUUCUGUGAUAAUUGUUGAAUAUCAAUCAUUGGAUAUUUUAUACCAUUUCAUAAAAUUGAAAUAUUCCUGGUAAUUAAUUAUAUAUUUAGAAUUAGUAAAAGACAGGUAUGCUUUCAUUUUAGAUAUAAAAAACGGGGAUCUAGAAAAAGCUCAUUACUAUUGUGGUUUUAGAUUUACUGCAUAUAUGUAUUUGACAAUGUUUGCCAAAACUGGCAUUUUAAAAAUCAGCUGGUCAGUCCUGUUUUAAAGACCUGCACAUUGUUUUUGUAUGUGGAAAAAUAUAAGCUGCUACAUAGGAGGUUUGGAAGAAGGAUCCACCUCAAACUAUUGUUUUACGGUCAUCCUUCAAACCGUUGAACUUUAACACAGGGAACAGUCCAUAUUUGCCAAAAGAUUUAAAAAAAAACACAACAGAAUGGAGAAUAGACCACCAAAGUGUAAAUGACCACCAAAUAAUCUAAGAUGAUGAUUAUCUGUGAAAAUAUACACUGUUGAAGAGAUAAGGCUGCAAUCAUAAUUUUUUAUGAGUUUUGUAUGUGAGACAAUUUUUUUUUCUUCAAUAAAGUUGGGGACAUAUUGUAA